UCCAGGCUGCUGAAUUCCAAUCGCAGCUCCUGGAGGUGGAUUGCAGGACCUGCCUUCCCGGCGCCUUUGGCUGUAGGCACCGUCUGGGUUUGGGGAGCUGUUCCUGGGAGAAGAUUUGGCGAAGGAAGCUCUUUCCCUCCCCCUCCCCUCCAGCCUUGACAGGAGGGACUGGAUGCCCGAUGGAGUAAAUGAGCAAAGGGAGGGAAGCCAAGCCAGAGCAGCCCCUGUCUGCAACUGGAGAUUAGGGAGGCACAAGAAAAUGGAUCCUAUUCCUCAACUCUUCGGCGUUUUGACUUUGCUGGGCAGCUUGUGGCAUCUUGGAUUAGCAGCCAGCAACUAUAAUUGUGAGGAGCCACUGGUAUUCUCGUUACCCACGACAGCCUUUGACAGCUCCUCCGAGCUCUCCAGCAGUCACAGCACCAUCUUUGCAAAGCUCAACAGACGGGAUGGAGCUGGUGGCUGGUCCCCAUUUGACUCUAGCAUGGAGCAAUGGCUCCAGGUUGAUUUGGGAGACAGAGUGGAGAUUACAGGUGUUGCUACUCAAGGAAGGUAUGGAAGCUCAGACUGGACAACCAGCUAUAUUCUAAUGUUCAGUGAUACAGGUCGCAACUGGAAGCAGUAUAGAGAGGAAGACAUCAUUUGGGUCUUCUCAGGAAACACCAAUGCUGACGGUAUUAUACACCACAAGUUUCUUCACUCGGUGAAAGCUCGUUUUGUGCGCUUCAUUCCUCUGAAGUGGAACCCCAGUGGAAAAAUAGGUCUGCGGGUUGAAGUUUUUGGGUGUUCAUACAAAUCCGACGUUGCUGACUUUGAUGGAAGGAGUGCCCUCCUCUACAGGUUCAAUCAAAAACUGAUGAGCACUCUCAAAGAUGUUGUUUCCCUGAAGUUCAAGAGCAUGCAGGGAGAUGGAGUCCUAUUUCAUGGAGGAGGGCAGCGUGGAGAUUAUAUUACAUUGGAGCUGCAGAAUGGGAGGCUGUCCUUGCAUAUUAACCUGGGAGAUGCCAAGCUGCGUUUCAGUAACAGCCACACCUCAGUCACCUUGGGCAGUCUCCUGGAUGACCAGCACUGGCACUCGGUUCUCAUUGAGCGAUUCAAUAAGCAAGUGAACUUCACAGUGGACAAGCAUACGCAGCAUUUCCGGACAAAGGGGGAUUCGGAUGACUUGGACAUUGAUUACGAGCUCAGUUUUGGAGGAAUUCCAGUCCCAGGAAAACCAGGAGCUUUUCUGAAGAAAAAUUUUCAUGGCUGCAUUGAAAACCUUUAUUACAAUGGAGUUAAUAUCAUUGACCUGGCAAAAAGACGGAAGCCACAGAUCUACAUAGAGGGUAAUGUGACUUUUGCCUGCUCAGAACCACAAAUCACUCCCAUCACUUUCGACAACUUCAAUAGCAGUUACUUGCUGUUACCAGGCACUCCUCACCUUGACGGCCUGUCAGUCAGCUUCCAGUUUCGAACGUGGAACAAGAAUGGCCUGCUCCUGUCCACUGAACUGUCAGAAGAUUCUGGCUCCCUCCUGUUAUACCUCCAUCAUGGCAAGUUGGCACUCAUCAUCCAGAAAGCAGCUGAGAAAUAUGUUGCCAUCAAUGCAGGCAGCAACCUAUAUGAUGGCCUAUGGCAUUCAGUUAACAUCAAUGCCAGAAGACAUCUCAUCACCCUAACUCUAGAUAAUGAUGUAGGAUCUACUGUCCGUGCAAGCACAGUCUCACAGAUUUAUUCAGGAAACAGCUACUAUUUUGGAGGGUGCCCUGACAAUUUCACAGAUUCGAAAUGUUUAAAUCCCAUUACAGUUUUUCAAGGCUGCAUGAGGCUCAUCUUUAUUGAUAACCAGCCCAAGGACCUCAUUUUAGUUCAGCAAGGUUCCCUGGGGAAUUUUAGUGAUUUGCGAAUUGAUCUCUGUGGCAUCAAAGACAGAUGUUUGCCGAACUAUUGUGAACACGGAGGGAAAUGUUCCCAAUCGUGGACGACAUUCUACUGUGAUUGUAGUGACACUGACUACAUGGGAAUGACCUGCCAUAACUCUAUUCAUGAGCAAUCAUGCGAGGCCUAUCGUCACCAAGGGAAGACAUCUGGUUUCUUCUACAUUGAUUCAGAUGCAAGUGGUCCUCUUGCACCAGUACUAGUCUACUGCAAUAUAACUGAAGAUAAGAUCUGGACGGUGGUACAGCACAACAACACAGAACUGACUCGAGUCCGCGGGGCUGAUCCCAUGAAGCCAUACACCAUGAACUUCAGCUACAACAGCAGCACAGAGCAGCUGGAUGCGAUGAUAAAUAGUGCCGAAUACUGUGAACAGGAGGCAGCUUACCACUGCAAAAAGUCACGUCUGCUCAACACCCCAAAUGGAAUGCCAUUUGUUUGGUGGGUUGGUCAUGGCAACGAAAAACAUCCUUACUGGGGAGGGUCUCAUCCAGGAGUCCAACAGUGUGCAUGUGGAUUAGAAGAAAGCUGCUUGGAUCUGAGAUACUUUUGUAACUGUGACGCAGAUAAAGAAGAAUGGACCAAUGAUACUGGCCUCCUUUCCUUCAAAGACCACUUGCCAGUCAACCAGAUAGUUGUCAGUGACACAAACAGACCUAAUUCUGAAGCUGUUUGGAGAAUCGGCCCUUUGCGUUGCCAUGGAGAUAGACAGUUCUGGAAUGCCGCUUCAUUCAUCACUGAGGCCUCCUACCUUCAGUUCCCCACUUUCCAUGCAGAGUUCAGUGUGGACAUUUCCUUCUUCUUCAAAACCACAGCUAUCGCCGGGGUAUUCUUGGAAAACCAUGGAAUGAAAGACUUCAUACGAACUGAAAUAAGCUCUCCUAAAGAGAUCACUUUUGUGGUAGAUGUUGGAAAUGGCCCGGUUGCGGUCACUGUCCAGUCCACAAUGCCCUUGAAUGACAACCAGUGGCAUUAUUUGCAUGCUGAGAGGAAUCUCAAAGAAACAUCUCUUCAGGUGGAUAAUCUUCCAAAGAAGACCCUGGAGGCACCAGCUGAAGGACAUUUCCGAUUGCAUCUGAACAGUCCGUUAUUUGUAGGGGGAACAGCUUCCCGACAGAAAGGUUUUAUGGGGUGUAUUCGCUCUCUCCAUCUAAAUGGGCAGACACUUGACCUUGAAGAAAGGGCCAAAGUGACCGCUGGUGUAAAACCUGGAUGUCCCGGGCACUGCAGCAGUUAUGGUAACCUUUGUCACAAUGGAGGCAAAUGUGUGGAGAAAGUCAAUGGCUACUCAUGUGACUGCACCAGUUCUGCAUAUGAAGGACCAUUCUGCAGAGAAGAAGUCUCUGCACUUUUCGAAGCUGGCACCUCUAUUACCUACAUUUUUCAGGAGCCUUAUCCUGUGACCAAAAAUGCAAGUUCUUCAUCUUCUGCGAUUUAUGCAGAUGCCUCUAUGUCCAAGGAAAACAUUGCCUUUACCUUCCUGACAGCACAUGCUCCAUGUCUCCUGUUCUACAUCAAUGCCUCCUCACAUGACUAUUUGGCUGUUAUUCUCUCUAAGAAUGGAAGCUUGCAAGUCCGAUACAGACUGAGUAAGGAUAGAUCCCUAAUUUUCACUAUUGACUCUGGAAACUUUGCUAACCGAGAGCUUCACCAUGUGAAGAUCAACAGAGAUGGAAGAGAGCUGACCAUUCAGAUUGACCAGGUUCUCAAAGUCAAGCACAACUUUUCCGCAGAGACUGACUUCAGGGCCAUCAAAUCUCUGACCUUGGGGAAAGUCACAGAUAUUCAGGGACUGGAUCUAGAAGUCACCAAGGCCAACUCCUUUGGAUUCAUAGGAUGCAUGUCCUCUGUCCAGUACAACCACAUAGCUCCACUGAAAGCUGCCCUAAGACAUCCCAGUAUAGCUCCUGUGACAGUCCUGGGUUCAUUGUCAGAAUCAAACUGUAGGUCUUUGGUUGAAGUUGAUGUAAAUACAGCAACUACAAUAUAUUCGUCAUCAGAUCCAUUUGGAAAAGCAGAUGAGAGAGAACCACUCACCAAUGCUGUCAGGAGUGAUUCAGCAGUCAUUGGAGGUGUCAUAGCAGUUGUGAUCUUCAUCGUCUUUUGCAUUGUGGCCAUUAUGAGCAGAUUUCUUUACCAGCACAAACAGUCACAUCGGAGCAGCCAGACAAAGGAAAAGGAAUAUCCAGAGCACCUUGACAGUUCUUUUAAGACUGAUGUUGACUUGCAGAACACAGUGAGCGAGUGCAAACGAGAAUAUUUCAUCUAACAGACUCUGCAGCUCCUUGUAACACUCGGCAUUUCUUUGAUUAUUAUUAUUUUUUUUUUUUUUUACCCAUCCAUUUCUUUGGAAUUUCCCCACACUUUUGGAAAGAACACACUUUUCACAGAAGAGUUUGGCAGCAAUUACAGGGCCUCAUUCUCUUCACCAAAACCCACCACAGUUAAUGCCUAACAACUCAAACAGCUGUGUGUCCUUCCUAAGUUCCAGAUAACAUGCAUGGUUGAUGGUUUAUUACCUGGAUUUCUGAAAUGUUGUUUUCUGGACCCAUUUAAUUCACCGUUUCCUGCUGGACCUGAGCGAUAUAUACUAGAGGUAAAGUGUACAAGCUAACUAUGUAGCAUCGCAGCUAUUGCAACAAGGUAGUGGGAAAGAAUAAGACCAAAUUGUCUCUUUUUAAAAAUCAUGUGUUUAAAGGAGCCAAAUCCUGUUUUUCUUUUUCUUUUUUGCAAAUUGGCAUAAUAAUUCUGUUUCAUGUUGGUGGUGCUGUGCUGAUUUUGCAAGCUAAGGAUCUGGGAUUACUUAUUUCCCUCCUUAUCUGCUGACCCCCUCCCCCUCACACAAACCUUUCUUCCCCAUUAUACUUUUACUGUAACUUUUAGACUGAAAAAUUCCUCCUCCUUAUUUGUUUAAUGUAGCAUCACUGAUCCAAAAAGCACCAGACUAUUUUAACCUCCAUCUCAUAGAGCUGACUGCUUAGAACUGGUACCCUGUAACCCUAACUGAAGCUUGGAAACUAGCAUUGCCAAGGGCUUUAGGAGUGUGCUAGGUGUUAGGGCACUCUAUGAAUGCUAACAUGUGAAAAAUGUUGAUAAUGCUGCUUUGAACUGCCACCUAAACAUCACUGGGGGGAAAUCUUCCAAAAUCAGGGAAAUCAAACAUCAAAUACAAAGCAGUAUGUGGUGGCCAAAUUCCUAUGAUUCACAUUAAAAAGCCCAGAAUGUAUUUAAAAUGAUGUGGAAGAAGAUAUGGCUUUCCUGAGCAAAGAAGCACCCUUCCCCCUUGGAUACAGGUAGUUUCAGUCAAAAGACAAAUUAUUAUUAAUUGUUAAGAAUAUUGAUAUUCCACUUUUGAACCAAAAAAGUUCUCAAAACAUUUUACAUAGAAAAAGGAGUAAGAUGGUCUCCUGUCUCAAAGGGUUCACAAUCUAAAGAAAGACAAGUUAGACACUAGCAACAGCCACUGGAGAGAUACGAUGAAUAUUUUUAUACCAUUUUUCAACACAAGUUCCAAAAGAGGUCUACAUAAAUAUAAAUAAAUAAAAUGAGAUGCUACACGGGUGUGAGACAGGGCCAGAUCUUCAGGAAUUGUAUCAAAACUCUACAUGCCACAGAGUUAUCCCAAAGAAUGCACUUUUAAAGAUAUCCAUAUUUUGCCCCAUCAAAUCAUGACACAAUUGGGUCUGUUGGCUUUAGUUGAUACAGGAACCAGAACUACAUUUUUUUCCUCCAGUUAAUCUAGAAUUUCUUAUCAGUGCAGAAGUUCAAAUUGACUGUUCAGGGUUCCUUCCCUCUGCCCUAGGGAAAGUGUGGGGUGGCAGCCUGCAGUGGUGGAAUUUCUCCCUUACCCACACUGGCUUAUACACUUGGCUCCAAAAAUGGGAUCGCUUUCCCCUAUGAGGAUAAAGAGAACAGAGUUGUUGUAAACAGAGUCUGUUGUAAACCGCCCAGAGACGUAGGUUUUGGGUGGUAUAAAAAUGUUUUAAUAAAUAAAUAAACAAAACAGAGAGCAACAGGGGAUAUCACUGGUAGUGAAGAGAUCAUGGGUAUAUUUGAUAAUGAGGUCAUUCACACAACCAAAACUGGGUAGGACAAGUGUCCUACCCAGGUUUGGGAGCUGUGUGUGCUCCCAAUUUUUGGCUGUGUGUGUGCAAACAACUAGGUAGGAGGAAGGAGAAGUGAUUAUGUGGAAGCAAGGCAGGAAGAAAAGCUGGAUAGAACAUGUUUUCCUCCUACCUUGGUCAAAUGCUCAUAGGACAUUUGUGCUACCCAGGUUUCAGUUGUGUCAAUGACCUCAAUGUGUCAUGUCAGGCACAUCACCAGUGAAAUACUUACUACAGGAGUCUGGAUCUAAAACUUUGACCAAAUUAUUCUUAUCUCACUUGAAGAUUUUGGAAAGGGUUGGAUUUUACCUGGGGAACCUAAUGUGUAGCCUAUGAAGUUCUGUUGCAGCCCCUUUUAUUAUGAAUGCCUUGGGACAUGUUUAUGGUUCUUGGGCCUGUUCCCUAGGGAGCCAAAUUUCUUAGUCCUAGGAGAUUCCACUAAACCCUAACAGAGGGAAAGGAUCUGUUUUCCAUCUCUCAGUUGCAAGUCGAUGCUUUCGAAGAGGGAAAUGUGCUGUCCUCCACACGUUCUUGUUCUUCUUCAGAAUGUGGCUUUCUGCCCACCCUCACCUCCUAGAGCCUUUGGAUGGAUAGGGUGGUAUAGAAAUGUUAAAAAUAAAUAAAGGGUUCACAAUCUAAAGAAAGACAAGUUAGACACUAGCAGAGAUCCAGCUGAACUUUUCCUCUCUCAUUUAUAAUCUAUCAAGACUGGUUUUGCCCAUUGCUAGUCCAAUUGUCCUGUUCUGCUUUAUAACACAGUACCUCCCUUUUUAUGUUAGUGCCCCACUUCCAAGAGUAGAACUAGUCUUGAGUUCAAUGCUGUUAAUGCCUCCCUGCAUUCCUUGCCAUAGGACUAGUAACAAGUUGUUGCAAACUCAUUGCUCAUCUUCCUCUAUCAGCCCUCCUUCUGUAGUUUAUGCCAUUUCCCCCUGCUUCCAACUAUGGGAUAAGCACCAGAAGCAGUUCUCAUAUUUAUUUAUAUGAGAUAAACAAACAAACAAACAUAAAUGCUCCACUGACUCAAGAGUGAAUUAAAGUCAGGAGACAGAUGGACCUUCCAGUGAUCUUUUAUAGAUGGCAAUGAUCAAUUAAGUCUUCAUGGUUGUUGUUGUUGUUUAAGUACACAGCUAGUGCUUUCUUAGAUGGAGAGAUGGCAUUAAUAGCAGAUGCACUGAACUCAUAGGUAAGUAUUGGAAAGAGGGUAGAACAGCUCAGUACUCUGCAAUUGUCCUUUCAUCCUUGGCCAUAAUUAGAAAUGAAGUUUCCCAUCCUUAGUCCAGUUGAAAGAUCUACACACCAAUCACUCAGCUUUUUAUAGCAUACUGAACUGAAACUGAAACUAAUUAUGGUGCUGUCUCUUGAAGGUGCUAUCUCCUGACAACCAGCAACCUUUAUCCUUUCUAUUUGUUUUGUACUUAAUUAUUAGAAGCUUCCUUAACAUGAAAAAAAGUUGUUCUGAUGAUAGGAGGCAGCAGUACUACUACACCAUCGUCCUAAGGAGGUUUUCUGCUCACAGGAUUUCACCCACAAUAUUAAGUUUCUCUACAUUGUAUUCUAAAUGUUGGAGAGAAAAAGGGAGUCCCAAACAAAUGCAAGAAUUAAUUAGUCCUUUUCUGUCUAAGGGCUCCACAUUUUUCCUCAUUAUUUUGACUGUUCUUUGGACCAGUCAUCUAAUCUAAUUUUAUAUGAUUUCACUAACAGGUAGCCAUUCAUUCGUAACAUGUUUAAUUGCAUUCUGAAAGAGGGGGAGGAGGAGGAAGUAAAAUUCACAUUUUAUUCCAAUAACUUCCCCCCCUAUAAAUUAUUGUGCCACAUUUUUCCCUUGCUCAAUACAGCUGUGAUAAAUCACUGCUUUGCUCCACUACAUAUUCUUUUUUCCCCCUCUUGAAAUAAAAGUCAGUGUAAAGUGUAGCAAAUCUAGCCCCGAGUGGAUAAACUAAUGGGAUUAAAAAGAGAGGGUUGGGGCAAUAAAACAGAACAGAAUCCUAUCAUUAUUCAAGGCACUGAGAAGACUGAAAUGCUUGCUGAUCCAGAGAGGGGUCAAAUGCUUGCAAAAGAAUUAAGCUUUAUCCAUUAGGAUCAUAAAGAUGUUGCAAAUAAACAAGAGCAAGCAAGGCUGGCAUCUCACGUGCUCACACGCAGACAUGCACACAUGCAUUGUAACUCAUGUUCUGAAACCCAGGUAGUUGAACACAGGAUCCCAGGUUUCUAGUGCAGAAUGGUUUUUCAAUUCCUUUCUGCAGAGAUAUGCACCACUGUAUGAGUUUUUCUCCUCUACCCCCACAUCUCUUUAAGGGGAACUACCUAACCUUCAUUAUUGUUGAGAAAAGCAUGAAAAUAUAUUAACAGUGGCUGGUACCAAACAAUAGAACUUUUGACAGGCAUCACAGUAUGCAUACUCAUCCCACUGCCUCACCCACCUCCAAAUCUGCAAUGCCUAUUUUUUUUGUGAGAACAGUGGGCAAAAGAAAGGUGUCUGUACACCAUAAAAAACUAGGCCUGUCUCAUAUUGCCUUCGGCUUGACUGGAAAUGAUGGUUUAUAGCCACUGAGGAUGUUCACAUAACAGUGUCGUCUGGAGCACCAGGACCCCUCGAGUUGCUGCUGCAUCAGACAUGAGCAGACCAGCUUCUGUACCCAGGCCGUUACUGAAGUAGAAUGAAAUGACCAUUCAUCCUACCAUGGUAGACAAUUGUGUGUGAUUGCCCUGUGUAGCUGGGCUCCCGAUGGGCUGGCCAUGAUUUUAGGAAGAAAAUGGGUGGGGGGAGCAGUCGUGCAGAUGGAGUGGCUGGAGUACUAAGAGCAGCUGGUCUGCUGCUUGCAUAUUGCAUUCUGGGUCCCUGGAGGACCCAGCACAAGUAUUCUUCCUCCAGUCAGAGUUCUGGGUUCAACACUAGCCACAGAGUCUGUAGGGGGCUCUAACCUGGGCUUUGGUUCUCUCAAGCCCAGGACGAUCAUGUGUCCUGGGCUUGAGAGACGAACGUUUGGGUGGUAUAUAAGUUAAAUAAAUAAAUAAAUAAAUAAGGUGCAUUGUCUGCUAAAGACUCAAAACUGUUCUCCUUUUCUCUGAAUACACCAACAAUACUAUUCCUGUGGUAUUUAUUUAUUUAUUAUUUAUCUAUUUAUUUAUUUAUUUGAAAUAUUUAUACCCCGCCCCUCCAGUGCAAUACUGUUCGUGGCAGUUUACAACAGUAAGAUAGACACAGAUACAAGUAAUUUUUUUAAAAAGUCAGAUUAAAAACCAAUUAUUAUUGUUGUUGUGAUAUCCAAUCACAACAUGUUCAGAUCCUAUUUAACUCAUAUUUUGCAACUGGAUUGGUUCUUGUGAGAACCAAGGCCCUGAUCCUGCUUAGUAGGCAACUAGUCUUGCCUAACAGCUGUUAAUCUUGGAGUCGAAUGCACAGCAUAUGCACAUCAAAAGGCACAUUCACGCAGAUUAGUAGGGCCGGAAUGAGCCUCACUGACUGAGAUGGACAUCCAACUGCACACUAUAGCCAUAUCAGAUGUGUGCAUGGUAGGCUGCUUCAAGUGUGCAUAUAUCUCUUGUUGGACAAAAACAUUAUAUAUGUCCUAAUGUCUUUAAUGUGUUCCAGUUGCACAGUUUUCACUGUUUGGAAUUAAACACAGCUGGCAUGAUGCACAGUAUUUUGGCAACAUUGCAAACCACAGCAAGGCUGUUGCAGGUGUGUAAGGCAGCCCCAGUGCUGUGGGGCAAGCAGUGGACGUGCAUGCAGUGCUAGCAAAAAACUAUGGCAGCAUUGUAUGCACAACCACUCAUCCUCAACAGCAUUGGAGCUGCCUUAUGCAUCAGCAGCAGCCCCUGUGGCAUUUGCAGUAUCACUGAGAAAGUGCACAUCAUGUCAGCCUCUGAUUGCUCUGCUUGAAAGGAGGUGGAAAUAGCCCUUCCUUUCCCAUCCCCUGUUAGUUGAUUAAUACUGGUAAAAGAAGCUUCAAAAUUAACAGGAAAUUGAACAGUCCAGAGGAAAUCAAUGACUGUCUAAUUCAACCUUUAGAAUUCUCCCCAUAUUUUUGAACUUACUUCCUUUUACAGAACCUCCAUGCACCAAUAGGACUGAAUUCUUUCCUUGACAACUACGGAAGCAAGACAUGGAGGCAAAACUGGGCUGGGCUUCCCUAGCCCAAUUUUGCCUGUGUGUGAGAACCGCUGGGAGCCACACAGUUCCCAGCAGUGGCACGAUGGAAAACCCACAAGGAAGUCCCAGCUGUCAGCCUGGCUUAAGGGCACAAAUGCACCAUUCACCCGGGCUAACUGAUCGCGUGGCUCUGUGUGGCACCCACACACCAGCAGCCUCCUGGCCCCCAAACCUCCCUGCUGCCGGAAGAAGUCAGUAACAAAGAGAGGAUCAUCUGCAGUAAGCUUUUUGGGGCUUUCUCCCCUCGCCCCUUCAAGCCCUUCUCACAGGCUUAUGAGAAAGGACUCAGGUUCUCAAAUUUAGAGAGACAGUAAAAUUUGACCAAGUUUGCCAUUCUACCUUCUUAAUUGGCUCACUACACAGUGGUGUAGUUUGUGUUCUUAAUUAGAGUUUUUCUUGUAUCAGAAAGACACUUAGAGCCCAAUAUGCAGCUCAGUUAAGUAGAAAUACUUGGGUUUAAGUUUAAUUAGCCCCUUUGUAAUCAAUAGAAUUGAAUCAGUAUACCUCUUAAUACCCCUAGUUUCACUUAACUGGGUUAUGGAUCAAGUUGUCCAUUUCAUUAGAGGACAUUAUAUUUCUUGUUUGCUAGGUUGUAGAUAUCAUUUUGCCCCACAGUAGGCUAAUGCAAGCAUUACAGUGUGAUUUGGAUAGUUAACAUGAGAUCUGACCUCCUCACAUCAAUAGGAGUUUGAUCACUGUUGUUGCUAGGAAGAGGAAUUAGCCAGAUGCUUCUGAGGCUGCCCCAAAUCUGCUUCUAACUUAUAGCUGCAGAUCUUCCAUUCUAUAUGCUUUAUUUUCUCUUUGAGUGGCACCAAAAAUACUACUCACCCAUCUGUGAGUGAUUCCACAUUGACACUAGUGAGGUCUCAUGAGGCAAAAACUGACUUGUUUUGCAAUAUUCCUCAUUAAAAUUAAAACUAAAUUAAAAUUUAUUUUUUUCCUUUUAAAAGGAAAAAUAAAUAAAUAGGACAAUUAUUUUACAGACUUUUACAGUUAAGCUGGAUUAGAAUGAAAGACUGUUCUUACGAGCAGCCUAGCCUAUACGAGGGCAGCCCAGCCUGAGUUAGGCUGCUCAUGGGCAGCACCAGGAUCCACGCAGAUCCUGGCGCUGCCAGCCCACAUAACUCCACUCAGAUACCCGGCCUUUAGCUCAGUCUAAGGGCAUGAUCAUUAACCAUUAACCCCGGCACCAGGAUUAUGUGUGUGCUCAGGCCUGUAGCCCGUGUGCACACAGAGAUGGGCACCUAGAGCACCUGUCUCAUGUGGGGAUCACCAAUGCACCGUGCUCAUCACAAAGUGCAUUGUGGGAUAGCAAAGGCUGGCACACGUCAUCCUGGCCUCUGGAGAUCUGCACUACUUGGAGCUGCAUGGAUCAUCUGGGAGCAUGGCCCAUGCUCCACCAACCUUUGCUUUACCAUCUGGGGUGGGUGAAGGUAAGUGAAACCCUGCCUUCCUCCCCCCCGCCACCCAAUAGGUUGUGUAAAUACCCUUAUAGACUCUUAAGAGGCUGUCCUAUUAACUCAGCCUGAAACACACACUGUCCAAUCCAGUAAGGAUGAUCCACUACAGAAGAGGCUUUACUAUGCAGACAGAUUCAUUUCUGGAUUGGGAAACAUAUACUUAGCCAGUAUAGGUAUGUACUUCCUUAACAGUGUUCAUUUGGGUGGCAUCAAACUAGUUGGAGGUAGAUAUCUGGACAUCUAGUUGGUGUUGACAUCUGGGGCCAUUAUUUCUAUGUGCCACAGUUGUGCAUGGAUGAAGCUGAAUUGGGGCUACAAACCUGCAAAUACGUUAUUGAAAUAACUCAUAAACAUACUUAAGAUCAGGUUAUAUGGUCAGUUCUGCACCCACUUUAAUUAGUCUAGGCUGCUCUGGAUUAAGAGGAUUUAGAAUGGCCAUACACAUUGGCCAACAUCCAGAUUAACAAAAUGUGUGCAGCAAAUGUGCAGCACAUGCUCUGGGGAAGGGGCAUUUUUCAUCUAUCUCUCCUUCCUUCUGAAGCUCACUGUGACUCCUUAAAAUAUGUUCCUGAGGGCUGCAUGACCCUCAGGAACAUAUUGUAGGCUGGCAUAUUAGCCUUCAGAAGAGAAAAUCACGUUUCCCUGUAGCAUGUAGUGCACAUUCACAGCACACAUGCUUCAUUAAUUUGGAUGUCAGCCACUGGUUUUAAAUACACUAAUACAGCUGCAUGUUCCACUGAAGAAUGUACCCACAGGCUGCUAAAUUGCAAUCCCAUGAAUCAAGACAUCUUCUUGUACUGGAACAAAACUCUAGGUGAUAGAAACAUUAGAACAUGAAACUUGUGAUUUCUAACCCUAAAACACAAUUCAACAGAGUAAUGUCUGCUUAAGCCUAUUUAUUUCAAUGAGCUUAAGUAUGUUUAACUUGGCAUUGGAUUGUGGCCCAGGUUUCUAAGUGCAUUCGCUCAAAUGAACAACUCUAGUUGUUCAUCUAGAGCCAACAAACCACCUCAAACAAAUCUUUUGGUGCCAUUGGCAGGCUGUUCUAAUAUAAACAGUUUUUGAAGUGCUGCAUGAAGGUCUGACUGGUUGUACUAGACCCACCAAGCCAAACACAGGCCAACAGGCAUAUAUUACAGCCUGUCAUGUGUUUGGCAGUUCUCCUGCUUUGCUGGCUGUCUCGAACUACAGAAGUGGACAGUGGGGCGAACCCCCAAAUGUAUCUCAUGGGCCAUGUUAAAUCUUCAUGGUGCACAAGUUGUGAUGCAAUAGGAGACAAAUGGGGAAAUAUUUCAUCAAGCCAACAAAACAAAUGCCUUCUAAAACUCCAUUGCACUCUCAAAUAUGACAUUUCUCCUUGGUAAUCUUCAAUCAGUUUUGAGAUGCUUUCCUUAAUCUGUUGACAGGGGUCCAUACCGUUUUUCAGCCCAAACUUGCUCAUGACAUAGGAAUUUAGCAAGGACCCACCUUCUAGUUCUGUAUAUGUAACAAAUCAUUGGAAUCUUUAAUGACCUAUCCACCUACAACCUGGGUCAGUGGUUAAGGGCUGAGGAGACCUUUUCACCUAUAGCCAUCUGCACUUUGGGCUAGGAGAUCUAAGUGACCAACCAUGUAUUCUGUGGUUGUGUGAAUUAGCCCUUAAAAGCUUUCAGUCCAAGUAGUUUGUUUAACAAGCAGCUGGUUCACAACCACAGUUUCAUCACUUGAUGCCUCCAACUUUAGUGAUGGCUUGCAGAUGUGAAUGAGCCAUGACAGAUUUAUAACCAAAGACAGAACUUAAAUAUCAUACCUGAUAUCAUUUUAAGUGCAGUACUUUUCAUCUGCCAACUACCAAGGAAAUGAGAAAUAAGCUGGUGUAAAUAUAUGGGUGAAUCUGUCCCAUACUGCAUAUUGUGCUGUCAAUGAAAUAGCUGAAUUCCUUUGAGAUUUUAGGCUUGACUGCAUUCCCAGAAAUGUACACAAAGGAACUCCACAGAGAUUUUUGGGAGUUGGGUGAACCUCCUGAUUCUUAUAUGCUUGUUAAAGUCCUAUUUAUUUUUAUUUAAGCCUUACUGUAUCUCAGUAGAACUGCAGAGUCCAUUAUACACCUCCAGCCAAUGAUUAAUUGGACAAAAUAGUUAAAGCAUAGCCAUGCAAUCUUCCACAUACAUUUAUGUAGUGGACUGUGAUACAUUUCCUUUCCUCUGGUGUUCAUUUUGAAGAACGCAUAGAAGGAUUUGAGUAUUUCAGUGUAUCACUAAAUUUAUUCUUUGCUAAUUUUGCACCAAAGCAGUCAGAGAGACAAAAACAAAUCACAAAAUCAAAAGACCACAAUAACUGGCUAACUGCUGUAAUAUUUUAAUUAGCCAUUUGUCUUUGGAAUUGUUCUGACUCUACAAAGUGAUCAGAAGCUGCAGGGAUUAAAGCAAGAAUUUGUCUUUAGGCCUGUCACACCAGAUGCUGUCCUGUCUAGUAUUACUUUUUUCUUUGGAGACAGAGGGUUGAAUUAAUGUCAAGCACGCCUCAAACCAAUAUGAAUAAAUACUGAUUAUUUUUAAAAGAAGGCCAUUUUCCCAAUUGUCAUUUGGUAAAAAAAUAUGCCCAUCCUUGCCAAAGACAAGCUAGAGUGAUAUAUAUAGCAUCUGAGCAUUGCCUCCCAUGUUCCCUGCCUAUAGGAACAUACAAACAUAUACUCUGCACCACAGGCUAAGAAAUUAGUAAGGCUAUUCACACGAGCGUGCAGGACCAAGCGGAGGGAGCCCAGCCUGGGCAUGCUCAUAUGAACCACCGGGUUUUGCCUGGUCAUAUGAACCACCGGGAUCGGAUUAGGACCUGAUGGCCACACGGUGGCAAACCCACCCAAGUAGCCUUCUGUUUAAAUGAGGUUAAGGGAGAAAGUGCUCCUCAUUUUUAAAUCAUGUGUCUGCUGCAGCUGCAUGCAGCUACAGUGGGCACCCUUGGGAGGGGAGGGGGGUCCCAGUAAUGCACCAUGCACUCACGUGAUUUAUUAUUGGGGCUCCAGGGGGCAAGGUACCAUGUGGCAGCGCUACCCUGUAUCCAACCCCCAGAGCCACCAGCAGGAGCCGGUGCUCAACCCACCCAGGGAAGGGUCAGCGAUCAUCUGCAGGGAGGGUACGUAAAACCUGCUCUCCCCACUCCACAGAGGACUUCUCACUGAUGGUGAGAAGAGCUCCAUAAUAUAUUUGCAUCUCUGUGGUGCAUUUUCCCCAAUACAUUGGGUGCUGAGAUGAUAAAAUACUGACAUAUCAAAAAUAGAUGUGCAUUUGAAGUUCUCAGAGGACUGUGCCAUUUGUCUUUAGCAUUGCAAAGGACACAGCAUGGAAAUCUGUUUCCUGACUUCUAUGUCCCAAUGCUACUAUGGACAGUGGGCAGCAACCAGAUUAAGUCCCAUCAAAAUUAAUCAGCCGUGACUUGACUCGUUAAUUGAAAUGAUGCUUCAACAUGUCUAAUGAGUCUGGAUGUUGCCUACUGUCAAAAUAUGGUGGGAAUUCUAACCAAGUAAAAUUCCUUUUUGGUAAAAUACAAAAUGUCAUAUUUGCAUUUUCCCUGCAUUUUAAGGUUAAGUUUAGAGAUGUGCUUGUGCUACAUGGGUUUGACUAAUAGUCAGUUGACUAAUGACUAACUGUCAUUCGAGCAGGUGGGAGUGAAUCUCAACAAUCUCCCUUUCCCCUGGAAGCCCUCUGUCCCACCUGAAAAUAUAUCCCUAAGGGUCAUGCUGCCCUUAGGGACAUAUUUUUGGGUGGAACAGAGGGCUUCAGGGGAAAGGGGAAAUCAUUAAAUUUUUCCUCCUACAAGCACCGACAUUAGGUGGGAAUUCACCAGCAGUACUGGUGAUCUCAUGUAGCAUCCAUGCUUUGUUAGUCUGGAUAUCAGCCACUAUUUUAAAAAAAAAAUCUGGUUACUGAUAUUUAUUUUUAAUAAUCUCUUUCCUGAUAUUUCAUAUUAAAACAAGGUGGCUUUCAAUGAACAAAUUAUUAAAAACAAUGGCAUAUCAAACAUUUAAAAAUAUAACAACAUUUAAAAAUAUAACAUCAGCAGAAAAAUACAGUAACACCAAUAUAAAGUUAGCAUAAUAGACCUGCAUUAAAAAGCAGGAACUGCCCAUUCCCCCAAAUAUGAUCAGCAAGGCAGGUAGAUGGAUAAUGCUACAAGCAGGCCAGGCAUCUCAGUUUCAAAGCUCCCAUUAAUCACUAUAGGCUUCACUGGGGAAUCACUGGCUAGCUAGAGGGAAGCUCUCUAUAUGAAACUUUGCUCUUUGUGUUAAGCAUUAUUAGCUCUACACAUUAAAUCAAAAUCUCUUCUACAUGUCUUGUCAAGAUGGCAAUUGAGUAUGUAUGUGUGCAGUGGCAGUUUCAGGACUGGGGGGCCCUCUUGCCCCCUGUAAGAUCUUUUUAGAUGCUCCAUCCAAAGUGAAAUACGUGGUGCUGUUGGGGAACUGGCCCCAUUGCUGAUCUUGUGGCCCUGGCAAAUGUCAGAUCCUGCUACCCUCUUGAGCUUACUCUGUAUGUUUGAGGGAGACAGAUCCCCAUAUAUCCAAAAUAUAUCCAUCAAUAGACUCAGAUAGGAACAUAGGUAGUUGCCAUAUACUGAGUCAGACUAUUGGUCUAUCUAGCUCAGUAUUGUCUUCACAGACUGGCAGCAGCUUCUCCAAGGUUGCAGGCAGGACUCUUUCUCAGCCCUGUCUUGGAGAUGCUUCCAGGGAGGGAGCCUGGAACAUAGAUGCUCUUCCCAGAGCGGCUCCAUCCCCUGAGGGAAAUAUCUUACAGUGCUCAUACUUCAAGUCUCCCAUUCAUAUGCAACCAGGAUGGACCCUGCUUAGCUAAGGGGGAAAGUCAUGCUUGCUACCGCAAGACCAGCUCUCCUCUCUUGGCUCACAAUACCCUGUGGCUCACAACUCAACAAAGUUAUAGUCUUUGUUCAGAGUCCUUGUUCUAAAGCUCCACUGACUUAUCCAGAGUAAGUGGCUUGAAGAUUUGAAGCCAAGUUAGCCAAAAUUCCAUAUUCUUCUAAAAAUAUUCAGGAAAAUGGACAAAAAGAGCUUUGUUUAUUCUGAUAACCACUUGAAAGUGAGCCAUUGGCCCAAUUAAUGUAUUAAGAUUGUACAUACAUAAGGGCCACCUAGCCUACCAUUCUGUUGUGAAGCUAUUCACAUGUGCAGGCAAAACUGGGCUAAGGAAUUCCUGAUCCUGUUGGCACCUUGGUGGCAAACCCACCUAGGCUGUAAACCCACCUAGGCAGCCACCCUCCAAAAUGAGGUUAAGAGAGCAAGUGGUCUGCUAAUCCAGUUUCUGUCAUUGUCUGCCAGCCGUGGCUGCAGCUUCAUUGCAGAGAUUCCGGGCAGCUUUGGGGAGGGGAGGGGAGGGGAGGGGGGAUUCCCAUAAUGCACCAUGCAAUUGUGCGGUGCUUUAUAGGAGCUCCAGGAAAUAGGGCAAAAUGGGGCGAUGUGACCCAGCCCUCUGGGCUACUCGAUAAUCUGUGAGGAGGUAAACUCUUUAGGGCUUCCUCCCCGCUAACCCUCUUGCCCUUCCUCACUGCUCAUGAUAAAGGGCUCUGUAUCUAGUAAGGGCCAUCUACAUACCUCUGGGAAGCUUACGAGCAGGGCAUGAUAAUGGUGACCCUCUUCUGUUGUUUGAUCCCAGUAACCUGUAACUAAAGGUAUGUUACAACUGACCUUUUACUGAUUUAGGUAGCACUGAACUAAUCCUAGCAAUUAAGUCAUCUACAUAUUGCUAGAGAAAUAUGGCACCCAGCUCUGGGGAAGCAGCAACCCCAUAUUUCCAUAAGGUCCAGUAACAUUUCAAUCAGGCCAUAAGCAGCCCCUGAACAAAUCUAGCAAAAAUGACUGAUGGAGAAUGUUGACUCUAAAGUAUAUCAGACACCAAGAUUUGUGGAAGCACAGUGGGAUGUGUUUGCUCUUUGGCUGUAAUUCUAAAAUAUCACUGCAGCUGGUCUUGUUCAUAAUCUACACUCCUCAGUUCAGCACCAAGCUGGAUUAAUAUAAAAACGGCUGCCAUCAAUUUUGCAUUUGAGACUAAAUGAAGUUGUUCGAGAACUGAUUAAAAAUGUGAAUUCAAUUUGAGGAUACAUUUUCUCAAUCUCAGCUACUUGUAGGCUAAGAAUAAUAAUAACAACAGGAAUGAAUUUAUAUUUCAUAAAAUCUGUCACAAUAGGAAUGAUGCAACUGGAUACUAAAACACUGGCUCUUUUUAAAAAAAAUCUGUAUCUGUUCCUCAUGUGCUCUCGCUACUCUGAGUGAGGGCAUCAGAGUUCUUCUCAAACGCUUUCCCUUCAAACAUAGCUAACAUUCCACAAUACAUCAUUAUGCUUGCCCCUAAAACUGAUAAACUUUUGAAAUAUCUGACAUGGGUUGGUGGCUGAAAAUCUGUCAGGAGCUUCUUCUUUAUCUACACUACAUCACAUCUAUUUUUGCUGGUGUUAAAUUACAAAUGUAAUACCCAAAUCGGAAAUAUCCUUGUAUCUGUACCUCCAGAUCAUCUAUUACAGGUGAGCAAUCUGUUUUUAUUUCUUCCCAUUUUUAUUCCAACCAACAAAAAACAUCAUCUAAAGCAAUGGUAGAAUAAGAGUCACUUUGGCUAUUCAAAGAAGCAAGAGGACAGGAAGCGCAUGCUUUAUACUUCCUAUUCCAUACAUGCCUUCAUAUUGUCCAACAAAGAACUUCCAGCUGUGAAACAUGCAAGGUGUCCUCUCAUCAAAGAGAUGUGCAAGCUGUCCUCUUAUCAAAGGGAAACAUGAAAGUUGUACUUUUCAUGGAGCAGAAAAGCACAGGGAACAGGAAGGAGGGGGGAGACACAUGUGCUUCAUGUUCCCCUUGUCUCUCUGAAUGCCUACCAUUAAUGUCAGCCACCCUGAUAUUAAGCACAUGAAAUAGCUUAACCACCAAGAUCGUCUUUCAGUUACAGUAAAACAUAAGAAACCAAAAUGGAAAUCUAACAAACUCUUCUUCCACUGUCUGCUUUUUGACAUAGAAUUGCCUAGGGUGUUGCCUCAGUCCAAGUCAGUUUUGUAGACCAUGUAUCAUGUCUUAAUACACUGUAUGGGGAUUAAAACUACAAACAAAAAAAAUUAGCCUUAGCUUUCUUUUUGUUUUCUAUGGUUAUUGUUGUACAGAAGAAAGACUUAAACUGUAAAUAAUGUAUAUUUAAUAAAGAGAGCCUUUUGUAUGA